AUGGCCGACUGGGAACCGCAACGUCCUUCGAAGCCGGCAUCUCGUUGGCCCGCACCGGAGAUUUAUGUGAAUAUGGAAUUCGGAGUGUCCCUAUCGCCUCGUGAUCCGCCUCAUAUAGCAUCGAUGAAAUAUGCGUCCAAGAAUAUGCACCAAAGAAUGUAUCGUCCUGAGCGAGAGGAGCGUCAGAUAGAUCCUCACCCCCCGACAUUAAUGCCAGGAGCUGGACGACGAUACCAAAGGCGCCAACAGUCCGACGAGCAACGGCCAUCAAGAUUGAUGGUCGCGACGAGACCACCCUACGAAAGAGCUGGAUCAGCUCCUCCUAGCAUAUCAGACCGAACCCACCCAAUCAACCCAGUCAGCCCAGUCAGUCAAGUCAGCCCCAUCUGUCACAGGAGCAGCAUGGUGAUAGAUCCAAGGGAAAGACCACUUCCUCCACUGCCAUCUCGAUUCCGUCUUGGUGAAGACGAUUUACCAUGGUCAGUCCCGACGUGGUAUAGACCUCAAGAGCAAGAGGUUGCGACACCUAGCGUGAUGAAUCCGGAACCGGAAGAGAGACGCGUGGAGGAUCCUCAACGUGAGAGAGAGUUGGAGGAGUUGCACCUAGCAAUGAUGACGGUCGACAGUUUGAACAACGAUGGAGGGGAACCCUGGACGGGGAGUAGCGUAGGAGAUGUUCCGAGGCGUCCGAGGAGCCUUGGUUGGGCUGUAAGAUCAGAACCGGAUCCGGAGUCAUAUUCAACGGCUAUGCUGGAUAUACCUCCCCCACCGUAUGUCGUUAGCGGCCACGGUCUGCUUACUCGUGAUGAAAUACAUCGAAGGCACCUCUCGAUUACUACAAAUAGGCUCCAGCGGGAGCGGAUCCGAACGAUGAUUCCCAAAGGCGAAGGGAAUCAUGACUUAGAAUGCGAGCUAAGCAGUACAAUGAGGUUGCGAGAACCAAAGUGUUAUACCGAUCCAGCGAAUGCAUCCCGAUACGAACUCACGGCAAACGUCACCAGUUAUCUUCGCCGGGCCGCUCUACAAGGCUCGCCCAUCGAGUAUUUUCUUGAGCACAAUGCGACAACGCAUAUCUGGGGACGCGCGAGACCUCGAGUUACGGCUGAAGUAGAAAGGAAAUCUCGAGGACGAGAAGUCCUCGCACGAUCCUGA